GUGAUGGACAAACGUGCGGGCACUAAGACCGCAAGGCAUUCAUUUCCUCCUACGGUGGAUGCGGACGCUGGGAGGAGAGCCCCUGAGCUAGGAGCUGGGAGCGGAGGCGCAGAGAACACGUAGCGACUCCGAAGAUCAGCCCCAAUGAACAUGUCAGUGUUGACUUUACAAGAAUACGAAUUCGAAAAGCAGUUCAACGAGAAUGAAGCCAUCCAAUGGAUGCAGGAAAACUGGAAGAAAUCUUUCCUGUUUUCUGCGCUGUAUGCUGCCUUUAUAUUCGGUGGUCGGCAUCUGAUGAACAAGCGAGCCAAGUUUGAACUGCGGAAGCCGCUCGUGCUCUGGUCGCUGACUCUUGCCGUCUUCAGUAUAUUCGGUGCUCUUCGAACCGGUGCUUACAUGCUGUACAUCUUGAUGACCAAAGGCCUGAAGCAGUCAGUGUGUGACCAGAGUUUUUACAAUGGACCUGUCAGCAAAUUCUGGGCUUACGCAUUUGUGCUCAGCAAAGCACCCGAACUAGGUGAUACGAUAUUCAUCAUUCUGAGGAAGCAGAAGCUGAUCUUCUUGCACUGGUACCACCACAUCACUGUGCUACUGUACUCUUGGUACUCCUACAAAGACAUGGUAGCUGGGGGUGGUUGGUUCAUGACUAUGAACUAUGGCGUGCAUGCUGUCAUGUACUCUUACUAUGCCUUGCGGGCUGCGGGUUUCCGAGUCUCCCGGAAGUUCGCCAUGUUCAUCACCUUGUCCCAGAUCACCCAGAUGCUGAUGGGCUGUGUCAUUAACUACCUGGUCUUCAACUGGAUGCAGCAUGACAACGACCAGUGCUACUCCCACUUUCAGAACAUCUUCUGGUCCUCGCUCAUGUACCUCAGCUACCUUGUGCUCUUCUGCCAUUUCUUCUUUGAGGCCUACAUCGGCAAAGUGAAGAAAGCGACGAAGGCUGAGUAGUGUCAGAACUGAGGAGGAAGACAUAGCUCAGGGUCAUCACGAAAAAUAAUAGACAAAAGAAAAUGGCACAAGGAAUUACAUAUGGUGCAGCUAAAACAAAACAAAACAUAUGUAUGAGCAGACGCUAAGCCCAAGGCAGCUUGGGAGUGAAGAUUAGGUUGUAAGUUUAUGAUCCUUUUUUGGGUGAGGACUCGCUGAGCGCAACUCCAUCUCAAAGCACUGCUGCUGAGGGAUCCCUUCCCUCUGACCUGUCAACUCUAGAACAUACUAGAUGCAAAGGCAGCCAUGGGCAAAGAGAUUAGUAGACAGCAAGCAAAACCCUUCAGGAAGGGGGAGUGGGGGGGUGGGAAUCUACUCAGAGUCUUUUGUUUUGUUUUGUUUUUCUCUAAGGAUAAAGGAGUUUCCCCUUUUCAAACUAUGUGAGCACACACGCACACACAAUCUUUUCAACUUGAAACCGGAGCUGACAGAAAAGAUAAACAUGGGAGAGACAGGGUUUAUAUCUGGACAGCAAUGCUUUUGCAAAAGUCUAGGGCUUUUAAAGAAAGGUUAGCUUGUAACUCCUUGACAAAAGAUGUCUUAAUUCUUUUUACUGUAACUGAAAGUAAAAAGGUAGAUACUUCCCCUUCACUGCAGAGCCUCAGGGCUUGUAUGUCUGCUACAACCAAAUGGAGGACAAUACUUCCCCAUGAUACUUUAUUUCUGGGAGAAAGAAACGCCUGCAGUUGAAGCAGUCACACUGACAACUGUUGUUUCUGCUCUUUGGUGAGAAUUCAAGCAUCCAUUGUUCAACUGCCCCAAACUUUAGGGCGGAGGAGUAAAGGCAGAAUUGAAAAGAAAGAAACUCAACUGGUUGGCUUGAAAAUGGAAUCUUGUACUAUCUGUAACAAAACUCAGCCCAAGGCCGUCAUUCCUGGAUCUGGAAAGGGAGGAAGGACUAUGGGAAGAGACUGGAGCUCGAGACUCAUCCAAUACAAAGACAGCGUGUUCGCCUCCCUCCCAGCUUGAUGUCACACAUAAUCCUGGCUUUCUAAAUGAGACCCUGGGACACACUCUGUGCUUUCUAUAUUUUUUGUGACUUUCAAAAACAGAUCUGCAGGGGUCUGCUGAUUUGAGGUAAACACUGUGUUUAUGCAGCCUCUGCAUUUGCUCCCUUAAGCAGUGCAGAGGCGUGAGAAGUGCCCUCUGCUGGCUCAGUGAGAAGCUUCAACAGACCCUUCAGAAUAGGUUGAAAUAGCUGACCACAAAGGGCCUGCGUACAUUAAACCUAAGUUCUAAGUGCUGUCAAACACCUGAUAUGUAUUUGACCAAAUCAGAAGAGAUAGAACCUCUAUGCUUCAAGUAAGCUUCACAAAUUUUUAAAGUUACUUUCACUUGGGAACUGAGAAAGUCAAUGUAUUAAGAGCCAUAUUCUUUAAAAAGAAAGGAAAGAAAGAAACUAGACAAUGUUAUCUGUAAUAUUUCAGUCCUCUACAAGCCAAAUAAAUGUAUCGAUGUUCCUAAUAUUUCAAAGACGCAAUUAUGUAAAGUUGUUCAAUGUGAUAUAAUAGUAUUCGAAUUGGUUAAGUAGUUUAAUGAUUAGGCAAACUAGCAGAAACAAUUAGAGGCUACUACACUGCGUAGAUUAUACACACAUAGCCACAUACGCACAGAAGUGUGAGGUACAUGGAGCUGGAAAGCCCAAAUCAAUAGGAACACAAUUUUUGGCUAGCAGACACUGUCACCUAUCUUCCUGUACUUGAGAGUGGACAGUAAAAGGGAUUUUUUUUCAAAUUAUUUUUAUAUUAUUUUAGCUUUAAUUGUGCUGUCAUUCAUGAAACAGCUGCUCAGCCUUUCUGUGAGAGAUGACGUGGCUGUUUUCGUGUGGCUUGUUUACGUGUGGAAUUUGGAAAAGAAUAAAAUUUGAUUCCAUUCUGUGGCAAUGGGAUCAAGAGUGAACAAAGAAUUCAUGUAGAUCAAGUCAUAACUGAAAGACCAGGGGAGGGAGCCAAGCAGUGACUGGAGUCAGCUGUGGCAUCCAUGGUAACAUUGUGUGGUGGCUGAUGGAGGAGACACGGUUGGAGGGGUGUUUUGUUAUUAGGGUAGAAGUUAACUGGAGGUGAAAGUCUAGAAGCCACUACGGCCAGUAGAGUCUUAGGGUGUACUUGUUCCUUCGAGCUUUGUAAAUGCACAGUAGUAUUCAAUACUAAUAAGCCUUUCCCUUGCCUUAUAGAAGGAAGUGAGCAAAAUAUUGAAGACCAAGAAUAACUGAUAGGUGAAGCCACCUAUCAGUUAACUUGAGUCUAAUCAAAAGGCCAGCCUGAGGCUCAUCUGGUUGGUUCAGUUUAAUUCAGAUAUUUAUCAUAGAAUACAGGUUACAAUAUGGAAAUCUCAUAAGCAUAAACUUUAAAAAAAGACUAAGCUAUGCUUCCAAAGCACUUUACUCUCAAUGUUCGCUUCAUGCUCUCUUCACUUGUAAAAUAACUUAGACUUUUCAUUCGCAGGAUGAGUAUCUAAUAAAGAGUUUCAAAACCAGCUAAACUAUAGCUCCAGGCAAUUCCAGUGUUCAUCAUGGGAAGAAAAAGCCACAUGUUUUUUAAAAAACAGAAUUCUGAUAUAGGCUCAGCACACAGUUUUUAACAUAUCAGCUUAGCUGCUCUAAUUAUAUCAAGAUACGAGGCUGGACCACUGGCCUAUGACACAUCUGAAACCUGCCAGAGAAUUGACUGCCACAUAGAUAAAACUGCUGUCUGAACAUUCCGGGUAAGCGAGUUUUUUGUAGCUGCCCCACUAUGCUGCAAUAGAUUAUCUUUCUAUUAAAGAUUUCUCGCUGCAUUCCAA